GCCGUUACGGCACAGGCUCUCCCUUCGAGAAUGGUAACACCAUCGAUGAUCGAGCACACCAAUUCACCGAGAUCCCGUUUCAACAGAUGCGGCGUUUAAUAAUGACCGACAUACGAAUAGAAGUUUGCGUCCCCAAAUUCUGGCGGCAUGCACGUCUUCCCGAGCAUCACUUGACUGACAAGUGAGCCCCUCUCCUUUGCGUUUGUCUGCUUAUCUCGUCGCUUCGGUGACUUAUUGCCCGCUUCCGUCUCUUCUUGUUUCCCUUCUCUACCUCGCCGGGUUCGCCCUUUUAGCUUAGUCUUUCACUUGAACUUCCCAACGCGAAAACCAACCGCGGCCCAGCACAAUGUCUUCCUCGGGGGCUUGGGGCCCGGUACCGCCUGGGGUGGACCUCACGGAACACCAGAGCGCGGACAUCAUCGGCUCCGUCGUGGCCGUUAUGGUCCUUGGCCUGGCUGCCGUUGUCAUGCGAUUGUUCGUCCGGCUCACGCAUAGAGGUCCUGGGCUUGCUGAGGACGACUAUGUCAUCGUAUUUGCAGCGAUCUGUGGCGUGGGUACCGCCGUGUGCUGCCUCAUCAGUAUCCCAUGGGGUGGUGGAAAACACCUCUGGGUGGUGACCUUUGACGAGUUCACCAAGCUGUACCAGACGACAUAUGCUUUCGUCAUCGUCUACAUUACUUGUAUCUCAGCCACCAAAGUGUCCAUUAUGCUAUUCUACCGCCGCAUGUUCGGCAAGGGCAUCAUCUGGAACAUCGUCUUCGGACUGACUGUCUGCCACUGGCUAGAGGUCACCAUCACCUGGCUGUCAGGUUGCCGGCCGGUGGACUACUACUGGAAGCAGUACACCGACCCAACAGCCGUCGGGACCUGCAUUGACGCGUCUCUGUUCUACUUCAUCAACGGCAUCAUCGGCCUGUUCAUUGACGUCUCCAUCCUGCUCGUUCCCAUCCCCACCAUCGUCAAACUCAAGAUGCCCCCCACCAAGAAACUCUUCGUCGGCGGCAUCCUGCUCCUCGGUGGUUUCGUCUGCAUCGCCUCGGCAGUGCGCAUCGUCAUGAUGGACCAGCUCGUCAAAUCCCCCGACUUCACCUGGGCCAUGUCCAAGGUCUUCAUCUGGUCGUGCUGCGAGCCCUUCAUCGGGAUCGUGUGCGCCUGCCUGCCGACCUAUGCGCCGCUCGUGCGCAAGUGGUGGUCCGUGGCGAAGGGCGUCUCGCACGGCAACUCGAGCAGUGGCGGGAGCAGUGGGCUGGCGCAUAAGGGGUAUUUUCGGGAGAGGGCUGGGGAUGUGGAGGCGGGUGCGUUUGGUGGUGCGCAGGUGAAGAAGGGGCCGCUGGUGCAGGUCGCGGAUGUUCAUCGGCCUGCGAGGAGGGAGUGGGGGUUGCAUGGGUUGGGGAGUGCGGAGACGACGGUGAGGGGAGAGGAUGAGAUUGAGUUGACGGUGGAUGUUUCUGGGCGGGAGGUGAGUACCAGUGGUUCGGGGGAGAAGGCGAGUGAGGAGGAGCGGGCGUAUCGGAAUGAGAUUAUGGUGAGGAAGGACUUUUCUUGGGUCAGCACGGGGAGUGCAUGAGAUGGUGGUUGGUUUUUGUUUUUGUUUUUGUAUGACUGGAUGGGUUGGGGAGAUGUGCUAUGUGUACGACUUGUAUGUAUGGGGGUACCGGGGCGGUGUUGUGAGUUUGGGUCUGGAUGUAUCAUGUACCUGUACUGGUUUCAUAACUUUUUUGUUUAUCGAGUGGUUCUCAGUUGA